UCUGAUGUGCGUGUACAGCGGCAUCGCUCUGCGUGCCCCCAGGGAGCAGCUGCUCGCCCGUGUGGAUAGGGAGAUCAUGGGCACCAUCCUGCAGCUCUCCAGAGUCACACAGAGGGAGAUGCAGCUCAAGCUCGCCCUGGUGCAGAGUGUCACUGAGGUCAGCUCUGCCAUCCAGACUGUGGGUGAUGCUGGCAGCUUUGAGCUGUCCUCGAAGCAGGAGGUGACACAGACCCUGCUGGACUGGAUCAAGGAGGAGCCUGCGGACUCCCUGGUGUACGGAGUGUUUCAGGCCCUGGAGGAGUUGAGCAAGCUGAGGCCAGCGCUGAGCAGGGAGGAGAACCGCAGCCUGCUGGCAGUGUGCUGCCAGGCUGUCCUGUCCUCUCCUUCCCAGGAGGGGAUGAAGAGGGGCAGGACGGUGCGGGCAGCUCUGAACAUGCAGCUUCUGCACAGGAGAAGUGUUGAAGAUCUGGGCCACCUCAUCGAGACUCUCCUGGCGGCAGAGGAGCCCUCGGCUGGCUUUGAUGAUGUGUUCCUUGUCCUGCAGCACUGGCUGGGCUCCGACAGAGACUGGGAGCGGGAGAGAGCCCUGCGGGUUUGUGCCCGUGUGCUGAGGGCUUGCAAGGAGCGAGCUGAGCUCACGAGAGGACGCCCUUGCCGGCAGCUGGGCUCCCUGGUGGCACUGCUGGUCUCUCUGACCAGUGACUGCCUGGACUCGUCCCGCCACAGGGCAUGGCUCUGCAUCAGCUACCUGGACCAAAUGCAAGUGUCAAGAUAUUCCGGCUGGGCACCGAGCAGCUCCACUGGCUCAGCGUAGCAGCCGUACCCACAGCAUGGCCAGUUAUUGCAAGAUGUUGAUAUGGAGGCUGCACUCCAAGGGAACUGCCCCAGUCUCUGAAUGCUCCUGAAUUCCGCAGCCCUGCGGCUGCACUGGUGUGAGCUCUG